GGUAUUGGCUGCAGCUGCUGAGCUCUCCACACCAAAGAGGAGCAGAGUGUCGCCUUGCCGUGGUCAGUGUGCGCUUGACCUGUGCUUGAGGAUAUUUUACCUGUCCAUAGCAAACGGGGAAAUACCAUCAUGCCUUCCAAUGCUCAAGGUGGGAAAGCAUUCGGUCUCCUAAAGGACCAACAACGACAAAAACUGGAGGAGGUAAACCAGGAAUACUUGGAAGACCAGAAGUACAGUGAUGAAGAGGAUUUGGCUGAGAAAUUGGAAGGUUUUAAAAAUAAAUAUGCUGAAUUUGACCUGAACGACCAAGGAGAGAUUGAUUUGAUGGGUCUGAAAAGGAUGAUGGAGAAGCUUGGAGUACCUAAAACUCAUCUAGAACUGAAGAAAAUGAUUGUUGAAGUAACGGGAGGCAGCAGCAACACUAUCAACUACAGGGACUUUGUGAAGAUGAUGCUCGGGAAGCGCUCUGCAGUACUUAAGCUUGUCUUAAUCUUCGAGGACAAGGCCAAUGGCUCCCCGUCCAAGCCGUCAGGACCCCCUCCAAAGCGGGACAUUGCCAGUCUGCCUUAAGCCCAGAGUCUCCAGCCCACAGUAGAAGGACUGUUAGUCGUCGUGUGUAAAUGAGCCUUUCUUCUUCCAUGAUCUUGAGUGUUGUGUUGCGGGAACAGUCUGUGAGGAUUUGAACUUUGUGACUUUUAUCAUAAAUGGCCCCAGUGUUGUGUAUUUGAAAGACACCUGGACUUCAUGUUGGACUGUGAAUAUCUUUUACCCAUUUAUUUUAAUAUGUAGCAAGGCUAGUUGUGGAAGUACAUUUUGUGUUUUAUCGUUGCAUUUUAAGGGAACUUGUCAUUGUGUUAUUUUACUAUAUACUUUUUGAAUAAUUUAAUCUCCAGACACAUUUUUGUCACUGUGCUCAGUCUUUUUGAUAGGCUCUUUUUUGUAACUAUGCUUCAGGUUAGGCACAGUUGCGCUCUCUAUAUUUAGGCCCAUUGAGAAGCAUGGAAGAAUACUGAUCCAAUUGGCAUGGGUAACUACUGAAUGUUUUAAUGAUCACUUAAGUCUUGUGGAUCGUCUUCAACCUCAGAUGGACAACUUGGAUGACAAUGUUGAUUUCAUGUUGAAAUGUCAGUAGUUGCACAUAUAAGUAACAUUAUUCUCUACAAUCAUUUUCUCCAAGUGCCUCAGCUUGCAACUUGAUUGAGGAAAUGCAUAAGGUAUUGAAUUGAUAACAUUAUUGUUAUAACUUUUUAACCUUUGUCUUUUUAAACAUACAUUUAUUGAUUAAAUUCUGUAUGUUGUACAUA